GCUUUGUACGCGGCGAUCCCCGCUGAAAACCAAGAUGGCAGGAAUUAUUUUGUGUAGCGAAACAGGCCUAAAAUGAAACACUAGUUCCCUAUACUUUAGCAAGCUUUUUUUUUUUGCACAAAACUCCGCUUCGGGAACGCGCCCGUAGUACAGAAAGAGCCUUAGCUGGAGAAUUUCGUAAUCCUGGCCGAGCAGGGGGACCUCCACGUCUGAGGCACACUCACACACAACAUAGAUAGAUAUACACACACAGACACACACACGCACAACUGGGGGAGAAAGUCUCGUAUGAAUCCCGACGAGAAGCAGGACUGUGAGUGUGCGCCACCACAGGCCAGGUCUACCCCCACCGGAGGACGCGACAGAUCAGUAGAGGAGUCUGACGUAGAAAACCCAGAAGCAAGCCGAAUGAAGCGAGCAGCUGCAAAGCAUCUAAUAGAGCGCUACUACCACCAGUUAACCGAGGGCUGUGGAAAUGAGGCCUGCACGAAUGAAUUUUGCGCUUCCUGUCCCGGUUUCCGGCGUAUGGAUAACAAUGCGGCCGCCGUCAAGGCCCUUGAGCUGUAUAAGAUUAAUGCCAAACUCUGUGAUCCCCACCCCUCCAAGAAAGGGACGAGUUCUGCUUAUCUAGAGAACAGUGCCAAGGGAGUGCACCACAACUCGGCCUGCAGCGACAGGACAAUGAGCCGCAAGGAGCUGCCUUCUGCCAGGGAGGACUUCAAAGAUUUGAAUUACCUGACAGAAGAAAAGGUGAAUGAAAUCCUUGAGAUUUGUGGGGAGACGGGGGACUAUUCCCCUCUGAUCCGAGUCAUUGGUAGGGUCUUCUCCAGCGCUGAGGGUUUGGUUCAGAGUUUCCGCAAAACGAAACAGCACACCAAGGAGGAGCUAAAGUCCCUUCAGGCUAAGGAUGAGGACAAAGAUGAAGAUGAGAAGGAGAAUGCUGCUUGCUCUGCAGCUGCUAUGGAGGAGGACAGCGAAGCUUCUUCCUCUCGAAUAGGGGAGGGCGCCUCGCAAGGAGACAACAACGUCCAAAAGCUGGGUCUUGAUGAGGUAUCGGUGGACAUUGAGGCUGUGCGGAGGGUCUACAGUAAGUUGCUUGCAAACGAGAAGAUAGAAGCCGCUUUCCUCAAUGCACUUGUCUACCUGUCACCUAAUGUGGAAUGCGACUUGACGUACCACAACGUGUACUCGAGAGACCCCAACUACCUAAAUCUGUUUGUCAUUGUGAUGGAGAACAGCAACCUCCACAGCCCUGAGUACCUGGAGAUUGCGCUGCCACUUUUUUGCAAGGCUCUGAGCAAGCUGCCACUGGCAGCGCUGGCCAAGCUGGCUCGCCUCUGGUCAAAGUACAGUGCCGAGCAGAUCCGCCGCAUGAUGGAAACCUUCCAGCAGCUCAUCACCUACAAGGUCAUCAGCAAUGAGUUCAACAGCCGCAACCUUGUCAAUGAUGAUGAUGCGGUGGUGGCAGCCACCAAAUGCUUGAAAAUUGUCUACUAUGCAAACAUCCUGGGUGGGGAGCUGGACAUCGACCACAAUGAGGAAGAGGACGACAAGCCAAUCCCUGAGUCCAGUGAGCUGACCUUGCAGGAGCUGCUCGGUGAGGAGCGGAGGAACAAGAAGGGCCCUCGUGUGGACCCUCUAGAGACAGAGCUCGGCGUAAAGACCAUCGACUGCCGCCGGCCCCUUAUACCUUUUGAGGAAUUUGUCAACGAACCCCUGAAUGAUGUCUUGGAGAUGGACAAGGACUACACCUUCUUCAAAGUGGAGACGGAGAACAAGUUUUCUUUCAUGACCUGCCCCUUUGUCCUCAACGCUGUCACCAAAAACCUGGGACUGUACUAUGAUAACAGGAUUCGGAUGUACAGUGAACGGCGCAUCACGGUCCUCUACAGCCUGGUACAGGGACAACAGCUCAACCCCUACUUGCGGCUCAAGGUGCGCAGGGACCACAUCAUCGACGAUGCCCUCGUCAGACUGGAGAUGAUUGCCAUGGAGAACCCUGCAGACUUGAAGAAGCAGCUGUACGUGGAGUUUGAAGGGGAGCAAGGUGUAGAUGAAGGAGGAGUUUCCAAAGAGUUCUUUCAGCUGGUAGUGGAGGAAAUCUUCAACCCAGACAUUGGAAUGUUCACAUAUGAUGAAACGACAAAAUUGUUCUGGUUCAAUCCAUCGUCCUUCGAGAACGAGGGCCAGUUCACUCUCAUUGGCAUUGUCCUGGGUUUGGCCAUUUACAACAACUGCAUCCUGGACGUGCACUUUCCCAUGGUCGUCUACAGGAAGCUACUGGGCAAGAAGGGGACGUUCCGUGACCUGGCAGACUCUCAUCCGGUUCUCCAUCAAAGUCUGAAGGAGCUCCUGGAGUAUGAGGGAAAUGUGGAGGAGGACAUGAUGAUCACUUUCCAGAUAUCCCAGACUGACCUGUUUGGAAACCCACUCAUGUACAACUUGCGGGAAAACGGGGACAGAAUACCUGUCACCAAUGAGAACAGAAAGGAGUUUGUUGCUCUGUAUGCUGAAUAUAUGCUCAACAAAACAGUAGAAAAGCAGUUCAAGGCCUUCAGAAGAGGUUUCCAUAUGGUCACCAAUGAGUCGCCGUUAAAAUAUUUAUUUCGUCCCGAGGAGAUUGAGCUACUAAUCUGUGGAAGCAGGAACCUAGACUUUCAAGCACUUGAAGAAACAACAGAGUAUGACGGCGGUUACAACAGAGACUCCCGCAUAAUUAGGGACUUCUGGGAAACCGUUCACUCUUUUGGGGAGGAGCAGAAGCGGCUCUUCCUGCAGUUCACCACAGGCACAGACCGCGCGCCUGUGGGAGGCCUUGGCAAGCUCAAGAUGAUCAUUGCCAAGAAUGGCCCUGAUACAGACAGGUUGCCCACGUCCCACACGUGCUUCAACGUGCUUCUGCUGCCCGAGUACAGCAGCAAGGAGAAGCUGCGGGAGAGACUGCUCAAGGCCAUCACGUACGCCAAAGGGUUCGGCAUGCUGUGAGGAGCCAGCGCCGAGAGGGAGACGGCUCAGCGCAGAGAACUCGGCACGCCCAGACGCACACCGAGCAAGCAAGAAAACAAACAAACAAACGAAAAUAGCGCAAGAUUCAGGAGGCGCAGGUGGUUAGAAGGGUCUCGCCUCCUAGCCUGCCUCCCAGCCCAGAUCCACACGCGUCGGUUCUGCCGGGACAGCAGAGAAACCACACGAAACCAUCAAACUGUACUUUCCCCUCCUCACCUAUCGCCGCUUUCUGUAUCCUCCCUCUCUAGUUUACACAGAAGCAAUUUUUUUCUUAUUUAUUUUAAGGUUUAAAUUUGGGGUUUUUUUUUUUUCUUUCUCCCUCCUUCCUCCUUUGGGUGGAGUAGGUUGAGAAGAUUUGACGGUUGAAGAUUUAAAGAUUGCUGUGGAAAAUGAUCAUGCAGUUCUGGAAAAGAGAGUCUGUCUGUACGAAUAACAUAGAGAAAAAACAGUUUUAGUCUCCUACUGCUACUUAAUUUCUCCUUGAAGACCCCUGUUGGGUGUUGAGGCUGACCGCCAUUCUUGUCCCCCUGUAACAGGGCACAUGGGAAAUGAGGGCAGUGUUUGGGGUCUGCAGUGUGUUGGAGUGUGACUUCAUAUCCACAGCACUUGGUGAAGCGACCCAUCCUAAACACACGCACGCACGCACACACCAUAUUACUGUUGUGUCGUCAUUUUUGCUGGUCUAGUCUAGUGUCUGUAACGGCAAAAUGUUUCCACGCAAACAGACGUGGUUUGAUGAGCAGAAAGAUGAAAUGAUGCAUAUUACUGAAGAUUUGAGAUUAUUGUUUAGUGUUUGAACGUGUGUAAGUGCACUUAAAAAAAUUCCGAAUGUUAGGGAAGUCUCUUGCCUGCCUUUUACCAUGAUCAUUUUUAAGCCCCCCCGCAGUGUUUUCUCAAGGACAGGACACAUUAUUGUCAUGGGCUGUUUGCUCUGGUUUGAGGGUCUCUAUUUAUUGUGUAACUGCAUCUUUCAUAAGGCCUUUUCAGGCAAUUAGUGCUGCUACUUAUGGCCAGUGUCCCUCAGCUUUAAAAGUCUUUUUUUCCACACUUAGGUUUGAUGUACAGUGUAAGGCACUGGACACCCCGCUAUCCAAGAGGCAUUUACUUGCCAGCCUACGCUUUCUGAAGAGGUUUUGUGUGGAAUGUUCUUUUUUUCCUUUUCUUUUUGGUUUUUUUUUUUUUAAAGCGCAGGACCUCCGACUGAAGUUUUGAACAAGCCAGUUGUGGAUGUUAGUGUCCAGUUGUUCGCAUCACAGUUCCUGUGGCCUGGAUGCUGUACCAGGUCUCAGCACAACUAGCUGCUUUACCUGAACCACUAUGCGGAAACGGGCAGAGAGCACAUUGGAGAUGUCACUCCUGUGUUGUUUUCAUGGGACAGCGUCCUUUGCCGAUGUGCUGUCGCUCAUCUGUUUGUUUUUUUUUUUUUUGGUUUCUUUCUCAGUUUUAAUUUCAUGUACCUGUGGUUUGUACUACUGCGAAUUCCACGGAUCUGAAGCGUCGGAACUCUGGAGCUCAAAAAAAAAAAAACAAAAAUGUGACAUUUAGGCAGAUCUCCUAAGGGACACACCUUUAAUUGUUUGUAGGUUUAUUUGAACAAAGUUAUCCCCCUCCCGGUUAAAAAAAAAAAAAAAAAAAAAAAAGAUUUAAAAACUGCAAAAAGUAACAUGUGGUGUGUAAACAUGAUGCUAAAUAAAAGUGACUGCAUUUUU